AUGGUGUGGAAGGCUCUGUUUCCCAAAGACAACUACUCCAUUUGGGAGUAUCGUUAUGAGCAAGACACAGAGGAGCUAGAUGUUGAGGCAGAUCAGGGAGUUGAUGGCGGCGAGGGGGACCAGCAUGAGGACGAGGCUAAGGAGGUUGAUGGAGAUCAUCCGGCCAAUGAAGAAGUGGCUGAUGAAAAUGAAGUCGAGUCUCUCCUGAAGCUGUGGAGAAUUUUCAUGGAGCAUUUCAUAACCCUGGUAGACCGAACUAAAAUGACAACCAAGUUGAUGUCAUUAGUUCAAGGGAAAGACGAGCCCUUGAGGGAGUUUAUCACCAGAUUCAACAAAGAGGCAACAACCAUCCCAAAUAUGAGUCAAAAGGUAGCACUACUAGCAAUGCAGAGUGGCUUACUACCAGGCUCACCAUUCAGAGCGUAUAUGGGGUGUAAGAGCCUCAAAACACUUGCUGAAGCGCUAGGUAAAGGGCACAAGUUCAUCAAAGCAGUCGAGACUGACAUAGCAAUGCUGAGUAGGAACGCACCAGGUGACUCAGUUAAGCGGGCAAAGAACACACCCAGGGCUGACUUGCCGAGAAAAGUCGCAGAGAAGCGGACAGAGCAGUGGGGCCUGAAUAAAGCUGAUGAUAAGUGGCAGAGACCCCCAAGGAUGGUUAAUAGGAACCGUGAUACCAACAAGUGGUGUGACUUCCAUAGAGACCAUGGCCACACCACUGAGGAAUGCACACACUUGAAAGAUAACAUAGAAGAUUUAGUCAGGAGAGGGUACCUGAAUCAGUUUAAGCAGCGAGAUGACCCUCUCAGAAGGAAGGACGAGGAUAGAAUAGGCCACGCUGACCGCAGAGGAGGUCAUAGGGGUCCCGCUAGAGACAGAGACAGAGAUGGCAAGCCAGAAGGCAGGGUAUAUGUGAUCAGUGGGGGUCCAGUGCAUGGAGGAACAGUUAACAGAGCACGAGCUGACCUGCGGGCGAUGAUAAAUCAGAUAAACGACAAUGAGAAGCGUAGAUGGCCACCUCUUCCCCCGCAGCCACGAGCCACGUUUGACGAGUAUGACCAGAAGGGCAUAAUUUACCCUCAUGAUGAUUCACUAGUAGUGACAAUGAGAAUUGCAAACUGGGAAGUGGAUAUUGAUAGAUGGAGGAAACUCAGCCAACAUCAUAUACAUCAGCGCGUUCAACGAACUGAAGUUGGACAAGAAGGAUCUGAAAAGGGUGAGUUACGAAGUCACCGGGUUUAA